AUGGUAGUGAUACGUGCACCUUCACUGGAGUUAGCAGGUGUCGAUUUGUCUCCUGCUGACAUUCCUGGACAUCUUCCAGCCGGCCAUUGGACACUGGGGCUAGUCCAACGCGGGCUGAAAAAAGGAUGGAGUGGCCAGGGUGGCCAGUUGUGUCGAAAAGAGAUGGAUUUUCUUGAUGUGUUUGCUAAAAAGUGGGCAGGGAGUCUUUGGUAUCGAGAAGUGGAUAUUGUAGACAAAGUUUUGCCUUCCUUUCCCUUUUGUAAUGAAGCUUUUAUUGCUCGAGUCAUGGUUAUACAGGAGGUUGAACGAUGUCAGGCAGUUGUGCAGUCUUUUCGGUCUGCUUAUAUCGAUCCACGCAAGGCGGCUUGGCAGAGUGUGAGAAAUGAUGAUACUAAGGGGUUUGCCCUUGUGCAGCAUUUGCAUCCGCAUCGGCUUGCUAGUGAUGGUGUUAGAGUGGUGACUGUCCAGAAUGAGGUGAUUGAUAUUUCUGAUGAUGUGAAUGUAGAAAAGAACGUUGUGUCCGAUGUGAAUAUGUUUAUUAUGAUGCUCCUUCUGUUGUGUUUCCUAACGUUUCUCGUCAUGAAAAUGUUGUUGGUGGGGGUGGUGUUGGAGGUGCGCAAUUUAUUGGGUUUGGUCAAGUUGGUUAUGGGUUGA